GCCAGCUUGCAUCAUACGAGACGAGAAGGGCAAACGGAAGAGUGCGUUCGAGGGGCUAAGAGAGGAAACAUUUCAACAAUUUGCCUGAUAACUGCUGGUUACCAGGCCCCCGCUCUCCAAAAUGGAUUCAGUGGUUAACGAAAACUACAAAGAUGGGGAAAAACAGAAAAUAGAAGACGACAUGGCUGCCAACGCUGAAGGAAGCGAAUUCGAUGAUUCAAAGGCCAAAUUUUUGAAUGGCGGAAAAGGACUUGAGGAAACAACGAUUGAUGUUGAGAUUAAAUCUAAAGAUGGUGACUCCUUCACUGGUUUGGGAAAAGAAGAACUGAUGGAGUAUGCGACAGAUCCAUUUUGGGUACGAACGCGGCUGAUUUUAUUCAUCCUGUUCUGGGUGGGCUGGAUAGCCAUGUUAGCGGCCGCCAUUGUCAUCAUCGUGUUGGCGCCACGUUGUCCCUACCGACCCGACCAGAAAUGGUGGAAUAAGGAGGUUGUCUAUCAGGUGUACCCGAAAUCGUUCCUGGAUGGAGCUAACAAUGACGGCCUGGGUGAUCUAGCAGGAAUCAAGCAGAAGUAUGACUACUUUAACAAUUUGACGGCCAAUGUUAUAUGGUUGAAUGCAAUUUACCAAUCGCCUCUUUUGGAUUCUGGUUAUGACGUCACUGAUCACAAGAACAUUAGUGAAGUGUUCGGAACUGUGGAUGAAUUGAAGGAUAUGAUGAAACAGUUGCACAAGAAAGGAAAGAAGGUUGUGCUGGACUUUAUCCCAAAUCACACAAGUGACAAACAUCCCUGGUUUGAGAAAAGUCGUAACAAGGAAGGGAAGUAUGCAGACUACUAUGUCUGGGCACCAGGGACUCAAGGCACUCCUCCAAACAACUGGAAAAGUGUGCACGGCGGUUCAGCAUGGAAGUUUGAUGAUGUUCGUAAGGAGUAUUAUCUUCAUCAGUUCCUUGACUUUGAGCCAGAGCUGAACCUGAGAAACACUGAUGUGAUGGAAGAGAUGGAGAGUAUUCUACGUUUCUGGCUGGAGAUGGGUGUAGAUGGGUUCAACAUCGUUGGAGCGCCUUAUCUGGUCGAGAGUGAUCAACUGGGCAAAGAUGAGAACAGCACAGGUGUUGGUAGACAGGAUGACUACGAGUAUGUGGACCAUUCUCUCACAGCUGACCAGCCAGAAACCUUCGAUGUUAUAAGCAAGUUCCGAGAAAUUGUUGAUUCGUAUGUGAAGAAACCAGGCAGUGAAAGACUGUUGUUCGCAUCUGUGAAGGGGACAGUCAAUACCACAAAUCUGUAUAUGGGUACACCAGAGAAGAAAGGGGUUCACUUGGUCAUCAGUCAGGCGUUGGUGAAUCGCAAACCAGACUGCAAUGCUCUGUGUCUGCAGGACCUGAUUGACAGUCAGCUGACAGGGCAGGUUAAGGACGGCUGGACAGGCUGGACGCUCAGUAACCAGGACUCGCAUCGUUUUGCCAGCCAAGUCGGAGAUAAACAUGUCAAGGCUAUGCACACCCUGCAGUUACUUCUUCCAGGCACACCUGUCAUCUAUUAUGGAGAUGAGAUAGGACUAAAGGAUGCCCCGGUUCCUAUUUUUAACUUAACACAGGAUCCAGUGGGCAAAGCCGCUGGAGAGUCUGGCUACCAACAAGUGUCUAGGGAUGCCUAUCGUACUCCAAUGAGAUGGAAUGGGAAGAAGAAUGCUGGAUUCUCGUCAGCCACGCCAUGGUUACCAGUGGACACUAAGUCUCAGCCUAAUGUACAAGCUCAGUUGGCUCACUUUGCUGGCUACACCUCCCUUGAGUUUUUCUUCAAGUUAGCCGGUCUAAAGAAAGAACCAUCAUUCCAGUGGGGAGAGAUGAGUUAUUCUGUGGUAAACCAAAACCUACUCUCAUUCUUCCGUGAAGCGGAGGGCUUCCCAGGCUUUCUUGUUGCCAUCAACUUUGGGAAGGCAAAUGUAGUGAAGACCUUCACCAAAGAGAAUGGGGAGCUGCCCGAGACAGGGGAAAUAGUGGCCCAUUCAUCUGGCACUGGGGGCGAGUAUUCUGGAAUCCACAAAUUGAAGGGUCAUUCUGUCCUCCUAAAGCCAGGAGACGUGGUCAUCUACAAGCUGUAACAUCUUCAUAACCACCAGCAAAGAAGAGCUUAUUAACUCAACCGACAGCAAUUUUAACAUAAAAAUAGCAUCUCCAUAACAGAUAUUUGUCUCGUCCAGAGUGGUUUAAUUUCUUUACUAAUAAUUGUUAGGCUUGUAUGCAUUACAGCCUUGUUGAACGAAAUACUCUGCGUCGCUUCAGAAAGAUAUGAUAUGAAGUAUUAAAUUCUAACUUUGGUAUAAUAGUCCUCAUACUAAUAGUAAUGGUAUUCAUACCAAGUGUUGCAAUCACUUUGCAGAAGAGAUUUGUUUGAAGGGAAAGUUAAUAAAACCGUGCUCUCAUUUUAA